AUGACAAGUCGUGCCACAAAUCCUGCACGAGCACGCUUUCUCUCGUUGCUUCUUUCAUUCGCUCUCUUCUCCCUGUUCAGCAGUUCAGCGCAUGCCUCCUCGCCAGUCGCAACUUCGAACGACACCCUCUUAUGGGGCCCCUACCGACCGAAUCUCUACUUCGGCGUCCGUCCACGCCUCCCGAACAGUCUAUUGACGGGGCUGCUCUGGGCAAACACCGACAACUAUGCCACGGUCCAACAAAACUUCCGUCACACCUGCGAGCAGAAUGAGGGAAUGGCAGGCUAUGGCUGGGAAGAGUACGAUGCUCGCAACGGUGGUCGCGAAGUCAUCCAUGACACUGGAAACAAGAUCGACCUCACAAUCGACUUCGUCAAGGUUUCCGGCGGACAACAUGGCGGCAGCUGGGCGGCCAGGAUCAAAGGGACUCCUCGGGAGGAUGCUCCUUCAAAUCUAGUCACAACCCUGGUCUUCUAUGCGGGCCUGGAGGGGUUGGGUGAGCUUGGAUUCACCGCCGAGGAGCCAGAUUCCGAAGGAGCGGUCACGCUGCACGGUGAAGCCAUCGAUUUAGGCGAGUUCGACAUCACAUUCAAGGAACCGUCAGAGAAUACACUGCCAUAUCGGACACAUGCAUCUUGGGACGCCAAACCGCUCGAUCGGAUGUUGAUGUGCAGCGUACCGAUCCCCCCCGAGGCUGCCUGGCAGGCGAAGAACAUUGUCUUUGCCAGUAUGAAGCAAGAGAUUGAUGUUCAGGUCCAAGAAUAUGGCCAGCAAAACAUGCCACCACCUUGGGCUGCCUUCACCAUUCCCCAGAAGCCUGGGCCGGGAAACUUUCACAUGGUUCAGAAACUGUUUGUGGGCAGCUUCGAGUUCGAUAUUCUGUUCAACUCUGCUUCAGGACCCUCUGUGUCUACGGAAACGGUGGACAAGGCUAUCGCUGCGACCUCGGACAAGUUCAAGGCUAGAUUCAAGGAGGUCUUCACGCCUUUGGCCCCGUUCACGAAGCCGGCCUACACCGCGUUUGCCGAGUCAAUGUUUUCCAAUCUAUACGGUGGUAUUGGGUAUUUCUAUGGUGACUCACUUGUGGACCGAUCCUAUGCCCCGGAAUAUGACGAGGAAAAUGAAGGCUUCUGGGAGGAGACGGCCGAGGCUAGAGCUCGGGCAGAAAUUGUGAACGAUCCCCCGGCGGAACUCUUCACCUCUGUCCCAUCUAGGCCCUUUUUCCCCCGCGGAUUUUUAUGGGACGAAGGCUUUCAUUUGGUUCCCAUUGUCGAAUGGGACCUCGACAUCACCCUCGACAUUGUCAAGUCGUGGUUUAAUCUCAUGGACGAGGAUGGCUGGAUCGCCCGUGAACAGAUCCUGGGGCCGGAAGCACGCAGCAAAGUUCCGGAAGAGUUCCAAGUCCAGUAUCCCCAUUAUGCCAAUCCGCCAACGUUGUUUCUCAUCAUCGACAUCUUGAUGGACAAACUGUCCGACACCGCGCCGGGGGCUCAAAAAGAGCGGAUCGAGUCGGAGCUCCGGACUCUUUACCCCCUUCUCAAACGACAAUACUACUGGUUCCGCCGCACUCAAUUCGGCGACAUCAAGUCCUACGACCGCAAAGCCUUCUCGACGAAAGAGGCCUACCGCUGGCGCGGGCGUACCCCUCGGCACAUCCUCCCUUCUGGACUCGACGACUACCCACGCCCUCAACCACCGCAUCCUGGUGAACUGCACACCGACUUGAUUUCUUGGGUGGGCCUGAUGUCCCGGACGCUGUUACGGCUGGCGACCGUCUUGUCGGAGACAGACGAUGCCUCGGAUUUCCAAGCACAAAGCACUGCCAUUGUGCGCAACAUCGACGACCUGCACUGGUCUGCCGAAGCCGAAGCCUACUGCGACGCCACCAUCGACGACUACGAGGAAUCGACACAUGUCUGCCACAAAGGCUACAUCAGCCUGUUCCCCUUCCUCACAGGUCUUUUGCCUCCGACACACCCCAACCUCCCGCACAUUUUGGCUCUGAUCUCUUCCGAGUCCGAACUCUGGUCACCGUACGGGGUGCGGUCGCUCUCGCGAUCCGACGAGUUCUACGGCACCGACGAGAACUACUGGCGCUCGCCCAUCUGGGUCAACAUGAACUACCUGAUCCUCAAGAACCUCCUCGUGGUGGCACAGUCGCCCAGUGCGCCCUCCAAGGUCAAGACCCAAGCCGCCAGGAUCUACACCGAGCUGCGCCAGAACCUGGUGCAGAACGUCUUUAACGAGUGGGAGCGCACCGGCUUCGCCUGGGAGCAGUACAAUCCCGACAGCGGGGCGGGUCAGCGCACGCAGCACUUCACCGGCUGGACGAGUCUGGUGGUGGUGAUUAUGCGCAUGCCGGAUCUGAGUAUCCAGGCCGGCAUCAAGCAUGGCGAGCUGUAG